UCCGCGCGCCGAAGGGUGAACGCCGCGGGGGAGGGGGGGGAGGAGGCAGCGCGUGGCGAGCGAGCAGCCUCAGUCGCGCGCUUAAAAAACCGCCCGCGGUCUCCUUCGCGUCCGCCUCUUUUUUUUUCUUUUUCCUUCUUCUUCUUCUUCUUCCUUCUUCUUCUCCGCCUUCCAUUCUCCUCAGCCAUGCUGGCCGCCGCCCGGCUCCUCCGCAGGUGCGCCGCUGCUCCAGCCCUGCGCGGCCUGGCCCUGAGGACGCCCGCUGCGGCAGCACUACCUCUGCGUUGCUAUGGUCACAAAGCAGAGAUCACAGAUGAAGAACUGGAUGCUCGUUGGGUGAUGUUCUUCAACAAACCUGAUAUUGAUGACUGGGAACUUAGGAAAGGCAUUAACACCUUGGUUGAUGCAGACAUGGUUCCCGAGCCAAAAAUUAUUGAUGCGGCUUUGAGGGCAUGCAGGCGGCUAAAUGACUUUGCUACCACAAUCCGCAUCUUGGAAAUGGUAAAGUAUAAAUCAGGCAGAUACAGGGAUAUAUAUCCAUACGUUAUCCAGGAACUUAGACCAACUUUGAAUGAAUUGGGCAUUUCAACUCCAGAAGAACUGGAAAUGGACAAAGCGUAAACUUAACAAUGGACUUCCCAUGAGUACACUGUUAAGGUUCUGUGACUGUACAACAAUUACCUGGCUAUAGACAUUAUAAUUACUUAUUUGAAAUCACUUCUUCCUUUUAUUGAAUCCUGGAUAUGUAUUGUAAAGUUGACCUAAUAAAGAGGAAAUGGUUUGAAUUGA